GUCACAGCAGCUGAUACAGAAUGAGCUCCAAGCACUCGUCCGACUGGAUUCCCUACAGCACUUUAGACGAUGAGGGCACCAACCUCCGACAGCAGAAGCUGGACAGACAGCGAGCGCUCCUCGAGCAGAAGCAGAAGAAAAAGAGACAAGAGCCUCUGAUGGUCCAGUCCAACGUGGACGGGAGGUCGCGCGCUCGUCGAACCAAGCAGAGCGAGGAGCAGGCGCCGCUGGUGGAGUCCUACCUCAGCAGCAACAGCAGCACCAUCUACCACGUGCAAGAAGCUGAACAGGAGGAGGUGAAGGUGAUAUCGGACACGCAGCCGCCUCGCUCAGCCAAAAAGGGAAAAGCUUCGGCCAGCUCCACACCACAGACGGGCAGCGACAAGAAGGAGAGGAAGGGGAAACACAAAGCGAUCGAUGGCCUGGCUUCCCAGCAGGACGACAGCCCGAUCCAGAUCCUGACGGUGGGUCACAACAGCACAGACGAGGGCGAGGCGGAGCCCGUCAUGAGCUGCACUCAGUCGCAGAGCAAGCAGGAUCUGCGCGUCACCAUGCUCAAGAAAGGUAUAUCCAGCAGUAUGAAUUUUGACGAAGAAGAGGAUGACGACGAUGAAAUUAGCUCUAGUUCAUCACAGCUCAACAGCAACACGAGGCCAGGCUCUGCCACCAGUAAGAAGUCCUGCAAGGAGGUGGCCUCAGCACCCACUCCACCAGUCAAUGAACCCGCCAUUGACGUCGAUGACCUUGAGGAGUUUUCUCUGCGACCCGCUCCGCAGGGGGUCAGAGUGAAGUGCAGAAUCACCAGAGACAAGAAGGGCAUGGACAGAGGCAUGUAUCCCACCUACUACCUUCAUCUGGAGAGAGAGGACGGCAAGAAGGUGUUCCUGUUGGCUGGGAGGAAGAGAAAAAAGAGUAAAACAUCAAAUUACCUCAUCUCCAUUGAUCCCACUGAUCUGUCUCGAGGUGGGGAGAGUUUCAUCGGUAAACUGAGAUCGAACCUCAUGGGAACCAAGUUCACCGUGUACGACAGCGGCCUGAACCCCAUGAAGAGCACCACCAGCCUCGAAGCUAGCAGUCUGCGUCAGGAGCUAGCAGCCAUUUGCUAUGAAACCAAUGUCUUAGGAUUCAAAGGACCUCGCAAGAUGAGCGUCAUCAUUCCCGGAAUGAACAUGGACCACGAGAGAGUUUCUAUUCGCCCCCGAAACGACCAUGAGUCACUGCUGGCCAGGUGGCAGAACAAGAACACAGAGAGCGUGAUUGAACUUCACAACAAGACGCCCGUGUGGAACGAUGACACACAGUCCUAUGUGCUCAACUUCCACGGCAGAGUCACUCAGGCUUCGGUCAAGAAUUUCCAAAUCAUCCACGACAACGACCCCGACUACAUCGUGAUGCAGUUCGGCCGCGUGGCAGAAGAUGUCUUCACCAUGGACUAUAACUACCCAAUGUGUGCCCUGCAGGCCUUCGCCAUCGCCCUCUCCAGCUUCGACAGCAAGCUGGCCUGCGAGUAG